UCGGAUAAUAGUAUUGUUGUACUCCACUGUUAGUAUGCAACUAGAAUCAAUACCUACUCCAGCUACGCAACGUCGUAGGAACUAAAGCUGCACUUGCAUGACUGUAUGGUGGUUAAUUAAGGUAACGGUAAAUUAAGGAUCAGUAUCUUAUUGGCAACAGUGUGUGUUUUAAAAGUUUUGAAAGUGUGUGUAGGAAACAUUUGUAUCCCGAGUUUCAUAAUUAAUCAACAUAGGAAUAGCCCGCUAGACAACGAAAGGUGAGGCUAGAGCUAUAGAAAUUUAAGACCGCCAAAGUGUUGUGUGCCAUCUUAUUCUAAUGAGCUCAUGAUUAAGUGCAGAAAAGAUUUAGAAAACAUUGAGUAACAAUCUUUCUAUUAAUCUAACGAAUACCUUAAUAAUAGCAUAAGGGAUAAUAGCAUUUUGUGCCCCUCUACUACUGUUAAUUAACAAAUGUGCCCCUAUACUAUAUUUUUGCACAAACAUACCCUUCUAUUAUCACAAUGUAAUAAAAAUACCCUUCCUUUAAAAAUUAUGUGAAAUAUCUGUUAAAUGAAUUGGGAAAUGAUCCAAUUACCCCUUAAACUGGAAUUAUAAUAUAAUUAUAUUAUAUGCAGGCGGGAUUAAAAAACCCUAAUCUAAUUUCGUACGUCUCCUGAGCAUCUUUGUCCAUCGAAGCUUCCCACUCCGCCGUCCACCUUCCCACAACGGCGCCCACCUAUGGCGUUCUACUACUCCCUCGGCGCCAGCCUACAGGCUACAACCCACAGAUUCUCAAGCAGCCGAAUUUAUUUUGGACAUGAUAAAUUAAUAAUUGACCAUUCCUCACCUGCAAUUCUCGGCCAUAAACAAAUUUACAACAGAAAACCCAAUUUAGCCAAAAAAAUUACAACACAUCCUUGCCUGAAAUUCUAGUAAGUUAAAAAACCCCAUACUAAUGCUUGUCCAAUUCAUCCUAAAAAGCUAGUUUUAUUGAAUUGGAUUUAUUAGAGCAAUCUAGAUUUAGGGUUCCAGGAAGUUUCACAAUAAGCAUAAGAGGAGGGGUGGGAAUGUGGGACAAUAGAUCUCGGAUUUUUCAAGUAUUGCAGGUGAUGGAGUCAGGCACAAAUCGACGGAGGAGUGGUCGGGACGAUGGAGGAGGAGGAGGAGGAGCAGUCGCCACUCGGGAAGAUGGAGGAGGAGGAGUGGCUGGGACGACGGACUCCGAUCAGAAAGAGGGAGAAAUUUGCGCAGGAGUCUCUCGCUUCUAGUUGGAUGUCGGGAGUCUCUCGCAAUGAGCUGGGUGCGGGGACUAGCGCAUUUCUUCAAGGGUCGCCGGCUGCAACUUCGUUUACAUCUCCAAGUUCAACCUUGGAUUUAUUCAAUUAUUCUUUAUUUGGAUUGUCCUUCCAUCCGCAAGGUUCACCUUCCUACUGAACUCCUUGGCUUGAAUAUAUUCAUAACGAAAAUAAUGAGAAAUGAUAUACAAAAAGCAAGAACCAUAUGUUCCGAAUGAUUCAUACACAGAUAGCUGGUGGUUCUUAGUUUGAAAUUGGCUAUCUUCCAUUGAAAGAAAAUGGACCAAUAUAAUUAAAUAAAAAUGGUAGACAAACAUCAAUGACAACACUUCCAAUAAGGGUAUGAGUAACACAUCCUUCUAUGUCUGCAGAUUGUGUAUAAAUUAAUACAUGUUAUGAGAAUUAUGCUUGAAGGAAGAAGUACGCAAAGCAAGAAUGAUUAUAAGCGCCUUAAUAAAAGGGGAGUCUGUACUUAGCAUCUCCAAGUAUAAAUGAACUCAAAUAUUCCUGGAAUGGGAUACCUUCCUAGAUCCCAUUCAAAUAGAACACCUGCAAACUGAAGCAGGUAAGAGUAUACAAUAUUAAAUCCAGAAUUGACAA